CAGCCGGUGAGCCCAGGCCGGAGCGGGGCGGCGUGGCCGGCGGCGUGGCCGGCGGCGUGGCGUGACCAUGCAGGCGGAGGCCAGAGGGGAUUUCUGCGGCAGAGACCAGCACCCCGAGCUCGGCAAGGAGGUGCUGGUCCCGGAGCGCCCGGCAGGGACCCCCACCCACGGGCCGGCCCAGGAGACCCCCGGAGCCCCCACGGAGGAACAGGGCGGCAUCCCCAUCCAUCCCAGCGCCGGCCUGCUGCAGGUCACUGAGCGCAGACAGCCCCUGAGCAGCGUCUCCUCGCUGGAGGUGCACUUUGACCUGCUGGACCUGACGGAGCUGACCGACAUGUCGGACCAGGAGCUGGCCGAGGUCUUCGCCGACUCGGACGAGGAGAACGCGGCCGGAGAGUCGCCCAGCGGGCUGCAGCCGCAGGCGGUGCCGCGGGCCGGAUACCUGCGCUCGCCCUCCUGGACCCGAGCGCGGGAGCAGGGCCGGGAGAAGAAACACCUCAGCGACCCGGAGCUGCCGCCGGGACCCCCGGACGCCUUCCUGCCCGCCGAACGGCCGCGGGAGCCCUAAGGGCUGCACCGGCCCCAAGAGGGGGGACACACCGGGAUGGCAGGGGGGACAGACACGCACACCGGAGCCCAUCCCCAUCACCCUGCCGGAGGCGGGGGGGGGGGACACACA